UUGGUAACGGGAGUGUAAACAGAAAGAGGAGAAGGGAGCAACAUGGCCACACACUACAGUGCCAAUCAGUACGAGAGCGCGUUCCACCCCCAGCAACUGCAGAACUGGACCGUCCCGAAACCCUACAAACAGUAUCCUUCCACCUAUGAAGGCUUCACUCAGUUUAUCGCCAAUGACAGAGGUCAUCUGCUUUCCGGAGUACCCAGGGCCAAGACCAGCCCAUGGGGAACGUUCAUGGGGACGUGGGACAUGCCUCUGAAGAUCCCUCCUUCUAAACUGAGCCACACCUCCCGCUCAGCAGACGCAUCGAAACGCCUGACACAGUGGGUUGAGAAUUCGGACCCUCUCAUCAGCGCCUCCAACGGGCUGAGGCUAACCAUCACCGGCAAGGCGCAGAAGGCGGGGUCCUGGAAACCGAGUCCAACCCCCAACCAGAAGAGUGGGCGUGCCGCGGGGAGCCCAGAGAAGACGGGAGAGAUGGUGGCACAGAGAUCACCAGCUGUCACCCCAACUGGCUCUCAGAAAGAUGGCCGCAGGAGCUGGCGGGCCCCAGAGGAGGCGGAGCAAGUGCACAGCGGCAGUAGACCGCCAUCGCAAUGUGAUGCUCAGAAAGAAGACCGACACCUCUCUGUGACAACUCCGACUUGCAACUAGGAACUAAAGAAUGUUAAAUUAUCCUAAGAGAAAAUAAAAAUGUUGACAUUAUUAAAAAACAUU